AUGGGGUACACCUACACAAUUCGCUAUCGUCCAACAACAAAGCAUGGAAAUGCCGAUUGCUUGUCAAGAUUACCUGCAGGCCCUGACGAGGAAUUUCAUAAGUCGGAAGAAUCGUGCCAUCAAGUGGAUGACAGUAUUUCAGCCUUGGAAGAUUUUCCAAUCAAUUCAUAUGUCAUCGAAAAAUUUUCAAAAAAUGAUCCUGAUAUUUGCAAAGUCAUCGAAUACAUACAACAGGGUUGGCCAGCACGUUUGCCUGCUACUCAAAAUAGUUUGCUUCCUUAUUUUCGUCGAAGGCUUUGUGUAAGUGUUUCUUCUAACAUUCUUCUCUUUCAGAGCCAAAGUCCAAGGGUGGUUAUACCUUCUGCACUGCAACCUAAAGUGCUAACACUUCUACAUCAAGGUCAUUGGGAGGUAACUCGGAUGAAACAAAUGGCCCGCCGAUACUGUUGGUGGCCCAAGGUUGAUGACAUCAUUGAGUCAACAGUAGCUAAAUGCAUUGCUUGUCAAUCGAAUGCAAACCGCUCACCAAAGGAGUAUUCCAGUUGGACGACAUCAGAGAACGUUUGGGAACGCAUUCACAUAGAUUUUGCUGGCCCUUUUCAAAAGUCUAUGUGGUUAAUUGUGGUAGAUUCGAAUUCGAGAUUUCCAUUUGUCAUUCGAAUGUCGUCAACAACAUCCCAGGCAACCAUUCACGCUUUACGUUCCAUAUUCGCUUUAGAGGGUUUACCAAAAGUCAUCGUGUCCGACAAUGGCACACAAUUUACCUCUAAAGAGUUUCAGCAGUUCUGUCAAGAUCAUUCAAUUCUGCACAUGACCUCAGCUCCAUUCAACCCCGAGUCCAACGGUUUGGCCGAAAGGAUGACACAUGAAUGCUGCUCUGAACAGGGCCAGAGGAGCCUUCGGAUUAACGAAACAACUGUUUCACAGCAGCCGGCUUUAUCCCAGAGUGAAGGUAAUUUGGAACACAUUCCUCAUACGGCCGAUGAUCGUUUGUGGCUAUCUUCAUGUUUGGUUCAACAUUGUCCCUUCCCAAAUGGAGAACUUUCGGACGACUCUGUACAAGUUUACAUGGAACACCUAAAUCUUCUUAUGUUCAUUACUAUGAAAUCAAAACUAGGUCAUAUACAACUGGGCUCGAAUCAAUAG